AUGAAUAAAUUAUUAUGGAGAUAAUUUUCGAAAUAAGUAAUUAGAUCAAAGUAAUUAUUAGUACAAAGAAACAACUAGCAAGAAAUUCAAGAUUAUUUUCGUCAAUUGAAAAUAUAAUCUGCUAAAUAACGAAAGGAUUUUGAGGACAUUGCUCUUCAGCUUUUAUCAAAAGAAUAAGAUAAGUGUAAAGCUUAUUUCUACUUCCUCGAAAUAUCCAAUGAUGUUACGCUUAAAACGCUACUUCAAGAGAUCUUCACAAAAGCCUUCUUAGAAUUAAAUGAUUUCGGAAAUAAAUAAUUAGCUUUACAAAAAUGGCAACUAAUCCCUUUAGAUUUCAUAGAAAAAUAUAUGGAAGGCUUCGAUAUUAAACCAGCAGAUAUCUAAGAUGCUCAAGUAAAAAUUCUAACUUUACUCUAAAAUAAAAAGCCCCUUUAAGCUAUGAAAUUAAUCAUGAUUUUUAAAGAUCAAUUGAAUAUGUCAAUAUUUAUAGAUAAAUUCAUUUAAUUGGACGCAGUCUAAGAUUUUUCUAAAGUAUGCAUAACUUGUCCGAAUUUACUUAAAGAUUUCUUGAUUAAGUUAACACAGUCAGAUAAAAGACAUCAUUAGAAAUUUGCUACAGAGUUAAUUAGAAAAUACAAUCUUAAAAAAGAAGACUACCCUUAAUUAAUUAAAAUCUAAAAUAGAUAAGCUGUUGACAGAACUUACUUUCCAAAAUUAGAUGAACCCUAUGAGAGAGUCGAAGAACGUUUGUAGGGAUAUCCAUAUAUGCUUUGUCAUGUAAUAGAUAAGUUAUUGGAAAAUAACAAGGUAAAUGAAGCAUACUCUGUUGCUGUCAGGUAAGGUUUGAACGACCAAUUCAACCUAAAUGGAGUACUCGUUGAAAAUCCACUUCUAAAAUUUGACGGUUUUGGAAUUACAGAACAAAUAUGUUAUUAAGAAGAUCCAUCAGGCUUCAUUUAAUUUUCUGAUUUCAACAUUCAUGAGGAUUAAAUUCAAUUCAUUGAUUCAGUUGAAAAAUUAUUGCUAAUCAAAGACUUAAUUCUAAAUGCUUAAAUUACUGGAUUUGAUACUGAGUUUUGUCAUUAUUUUGAUGAAUUCGCUAUAGGAGGUGUAGCUAUAAUGUAAAUUUCUACUGAAAACAAUGUUUAUAUCAUCGAUAUUUUCAACCUAAGAGAAAAAUUAGAAUUACUUUAAUUCUUAAAUAACUAUUUUGCCAGUAAUAAAAUCAAAAUUGGACACAGUGUAUGGAAUGACUUUACAGUUAUGGCUUAGAAUAUGAAUUUAGAUUAAACAGUUGAACCUAAGAACAUUGUAGACUUAACCUUUUUAUACAACGAAGUAUUUCCAGAAAAUAAAAAUAAUGUCUCAUUAGCUAAUUAAGUGUAUUAAUUAUUUGGGAAGAAAUUAUCAAAAAAGGAAUGUUUCUCAAAUUGGUAAAGAAGACCUUUAAGAAAGUGUUAAUUACAUUAUGGAGCUAUGGAUGCUUAUAUUUGUAUUGCUUUGUAUUUAAAAUUAAAUUAAUUGAAACAGCUUGAUAUAGUUUAAUUGCCUUAACUCUAAUAACAGCAUCAAACUCAAUAAAAGUCGAAGAAGAUCUAACAAAUUUAAAAAGGGGAGCAUUUAAGAUACGACUUAUAAUUCUAAAAGAUAAUCGAUGAUAAAUAGAAAAUGAAAUUUUUAGUUGAUGCUAUGCUUAAAAAAUUGGCGACUUUUCUUAGAAAUCUUGGAAUUGAUGCUGAAUAUAAUGAGAAGAAUGAUCAUUAAACUAUUGAAUAAUAAGCUAUAGCAGAAUAAAGAGUAAUUAUAACAAGAGAUAAAAAACUAUACGAAAAACCAUAGCUUAAAGCCCCUUGUUUUUUACUGUCUGAUAACCUAAACACUGAGUAAUAAUUUGAGGAAAUUUUAAAGGAGUUAUAAUUUUAAAUUUAUGAAAAUAAAAUUUUAUCCAGAUGUGUGAAAUGCAAUUUUGAUCAUGUUAUUUAGAUUUCCCCUAAAACAGCUCAAUAGUAUUUGGAUUUUAAAAAUAAUGAUUCCUUUGGAUAAAUAUAAGUAUUCUGGUAAUGUGAAAAAUGUUUAUAAGUUUAUUGGGAAGGAAACCAAUUUAAAAAUUCAAUCUAAAGAUUCACUAAAGUAGCCAAAAACUAGGAUGAUGAUAAAUAGUGA